AUGAGUAGUCUUACUUCAAUGAGUUUUACUGUCGCUGAUGAGCUCUAAGAUGUCAUUGGCAAAGGCCCUUAAAUGAUCAGCUAGAUAAAAGCAUAUUAAUCACAAUAUAGUUAAAGGCUAAUUAAACUUGGUUACGCAUUAGUCUAGAUUGACUAGUAUCCAUAUCAAGAGCAAAUGGAUAUUAUCGGAGUUCUCUAAUCGAUUAACCUCCUAAUUGAUUAGCAAUUUUAAGAAAUGACCUAUAUAUCUAGCAUAAUGCAUGCUUACUAGAAUGAUACUUGCAACUAGAGAUAUUUGAUUUCUACUUCUAAAAUAUUUGACGGAUUUAAACUGCUUUUGGCUAAUGUGAUUUAAGAUCAACUUAAUUACAAUGAGACCUCCUACUAAGAAUUUCUACAAUUCUGUGUGGAUGAUAUGUGUGCUGAAUCUCUUAGGAGAAUGAUGUACUCUUUAAUUGGUGAAACUCCAUCUGACUGCCUAAUUUUAGAUGUCAUUAAGUACGGAUCAGUCAAGAAUGGAUUCUAGGCAGGAAUUUCUGAUGUCUUUGCAUACCAAGGAUCUUAUCUUCUUUAAGUUCUCAAUAUUGCAGUCAUAGUUGAAUCAGCUUUUAGAGGUUAUAUUGAUGGGUCUGCUUCAGUAACUACUCUUGAUAAGAUCUAUGGGCCUUAUGUAAAAGAUGCUUACGAUACAGUAGUUGAUACAUACGAAGACAUUCUUGAUAAUUACUUUGAAAAUGGAAUGAUAAAUCUGAUUCAACAAACUAAAAAUCUUUUGGACUCAGGUCUGAACAAUGAAGAUCUAAUUAAGGGUGCUGACGAAUACAUUUAAACUUAUGUUAAUUUCUACAAUCCUCAGAUUACUUGGGAAGCUUAUUUGGUUAAAGGACCUAUUCUCUAUAAUAAAUGUUUAAAUUGCUUUGUCUAUGAGGAUCCUAACUCUGAUUAAAAGCUAGUAUAUCUCUCUGUAAAUAACACUUAUCAGCCAGUGUCACUAUUAUCAAUGUCUAAGAAUAUCACAGAUGCCUCAAAGAACUUCACUAGCCCAGAGAACUUUACCAUCUUUCUGAUUUAAAACAGAAGCUUGUGUAUUACAGGCGUCACUUAUCUGUAAUCAAACCCAAGACUAUAUGAUUAUACAAGCUAUAGCUACUAUACUCAGUUCUCAGCCACUAAUUUUAAUAUCUUAAUUUGGUAAUAAAAAGAUGUUGGGUGCUUGACAGUAAAUGAUGUUAAGUCUAGUGCGUAGUCAUAGCAAUUUAAACUGCAAACAGCUAUCAGAGAUUAACAAGAAAAGAUGGCGAAUAUCAUAUGA